UCGUUGGAUAAAGUGUCUGCUCCAUCUUCCCCAGCCGCGAGCGUCAGCAAGGUGUGCGCAUGUGUGUGUGUGGCGCGAGCGUGCUCCGCGGUGAUGUAUUGUGCGUAUCUGGAUCGGAGGGAGUUGGAGGACGAUCUCUACCAAGAGGAUGAAGGGGACUCUGAUGGGUCGGAGGCCAACAGCGAGCUGGAGUUCCACCUGUACAGCCAGCUCCACUACUCCUCUAAUGCUACGGCUCUGGAGGAGCAGCAUGACAGCGGGGAGGUGGCGGAAGGCCAGGAGAGCCGGCAGCCCAAAGGGCCCGGGAAGGACCUAGAUGCUGACAGAAGGGGGGAACAUACUGGAGAAAGUAGGCCUCCGUCACCCGAUUUGAGCAAGUUAGUGCAGCUCUCAAAGAAGAAGAAGGAGGAGGACGAGGAUGAGAAAAGGCAAGAGAAACUAAAAAAACAGAAGACGGGGAACCCUAAAGGUCCGAGGUCAUCUACGUCAUUUUUUGAGGAGGUCAUCGUGAUAGACUCCAGCCCGGACGUCAUCUCCAUCUCCGAGAAUGAAACUGCUGAUGAUGACUAUAAUGACGGGGUCUGCACCGUAAAGGGCCAAAACCUACGCCGACUGCAGACUUCCACCCCGGUCCAACAGGGAAGCAAGAAACGGAGUCUCACUGCGCCGGUGACUGUGGACUCCAGCACCUCAGCGUCCGACUCCGAGUCGUCUGAUUCGGUUGUUCUGGAGAACUGGAUGAUCCUGGGUAAAGGGAAGCAGGACGGAGACCAGUGCAUCUUGCUCAACCUGGAGGGAGGGUCCGAUAGCAACAAAGAUGCUGAAGAAGAAGAAGAAAGUGUCUGGUCGGUUUCCACCAAGGACAAAGAGUCUCGGAUCUAUAACAGAGACAAGAGUUCCAGGGUGGCGCCGCUGCGGAUGUCCAACAGAUAUUACACCAGCAAGAACAUGCAGUGCAACAACUGCAACAAGAACGGACAUCUCUCCACCAACUGCCCUGAGCCCAGGAAGUUGGCGUCCUGCUUUCUUUGUGGCAACCCCGGCCACAGAGUCAGUGGAUGUCCCAACAAGCACUGCAACAACUGCGGGCUGCCGGGACACCUCUACAGUUCCUGCAGCGAGACGGCGUACUGGAAAAUGUGGUGCAAGCGCUGCGGCGGGAAGGGGCACAUUUUCGACGCCUGUCCGGAGAUCUGGAGACAGUAUCACAUCACUACGAAGGCGGGAGCUCCUGCGAGGCAGAGGAGUGAAGACCAGGAUCAGGCGCAACAGGUCUACUGCUACAACUGCUCCAAGAGAGGACACCUCGGCCACGUGUGUAACUGGAAGAGGAUGAUCAAUGGGAUGUUUCCCAACAGCCCAGUCAUCAACUACUAUGACAAGAAGAAGGACAUCAGGCACAGAGAAAACUGGAUAGAGUCAAAGGUUAAAGAACUGAAGAAAAAAGGCUUUUUUUUAACAAGCAGCUUUCAGACCCCUACCACUCCAGAACCGCCAAACAAGAAACAGAAAGUGGGCCAGCAACAGCAUCCGAACCACACACCUCGCCAGAGCCCCAACAAAGACAGACCCAACCACGUCUUUUUCACCGACAGCGACUUCGUCGAGGCCGCAGCAACCACAGCCAAAAAGAACAAUAAACACAAGCAACAAGAAAGCCACGUGAAACCGUGGAAACCCAAGAGACCAGUUCCUGCCUCCAAAGACCGUCGCCCGGUGGCUAAACUCAUCGUGGAUGAAGCGGAGGACUUCCCCAGAGGUGGAGGCAAAGUCAAAGAUGCGGAGAAGAAGAGGAAGAGGAAGAGGUUGAGAAAGAAGAAGCAAGCUCCUUCAGCGCCACCAGAGGCAGCCACCGGUCCACAGGGGUCGUUGUCAAAGCAGCCGAGGGUGAAGCGGAAGAGAAAGAGUCGGGCGCAGAAGAACGACGCACAGAUGUACCCGACGGAUGAGAACCUGUUCAUCAUCAAACAAAGGAAAGGCAAGAAAUAGGGACCGGUUUGUGCGAGGCGGAGGUGUCUGCCAGCGCACAAAGUUUGUGACGUUUGGGGACGUCUCAGACAUUUUUGCUGACUCAGGUCUUAGUUGGAGAUGCCGGUGCUGCUUUGUGGAGUUCAUCUGCCUUUUUUUGUUUUUAUUACUUGAGACGCUUUGACACGGCACAGUAGGAACAGCACAGAUGCAAAUGAUGGAAUGAAUGAAUGUUUCAGGGUCUCUGUCGCGCUGUCAGGGCCAUACUGGGGCACUCGGAUACACCGGUCGGGGUUCGCAAUUUUUAACAAGUCUGUUUUAAAGGAACAGCCAGGUGUCCAUGUGAACAUUCAAAACACUGUCACGGCAGCAGUUUGUGAAAUAGUCCCAAAAUUAAAUUUAUUGGCGAAUUUGAAACAAUUUGAACAGGUUUUUUUUCUCUCUCGCUGGAAUCAUUACUCCAGGUCAUACUGGGGCCAUUCUUAGAUCUACUCCUAAUGCACUCUGUGUGAGGGACGGGUGAAACAAUUCAGUUGUUUUGUGCAAAAAUAUAUUUCAAAGUGUAUCUGAAACAUCUGCAUUGUGAGUUGGACAAAUCAAGAAGAUUUCUUUCAAAAGUACAAAAAUACCCUCUCUUUUUAUGUCCAGUGCUCCACAGCAGCUGAAGGGAAACACUGAACAGGACGACAACGAGGACAUAAUUUAGUUCUUUAGUAAAGGAGCACCUAACUUUGGAAGAUAUCCACUUGAUUUAUCAAACAUCGUAUUGGCUUCAGAUAAAUAUCUGAAUUCAUUUUUGCUCAAAAUGUUCGACUUUGGAAGCUCUUUUAAAAGUGAUCUUAAUGUCUAGUAUGAACGUGAGGGAGCAAAGAAACACUGAACAUGAAGCUAUCCUUUCAAUAUCCUUAUUUCCACCGGUGAUUUUCCUGCUAUGAGGAGUCAAAAUGUCUGCUGAGAAGAAAAAGGCGGCUUUUAUUCAGUCGAGUCGUUAUUUAAGUCAUCUCCACAGUUCUGACAGGUUUAGUUGCCUCAACUUAUGAGUUAUCAAUAGACAGUAUAUUGAGUAAUGGUUAAGAUGAUCGAUUGAUGUCAUUAUCAUAUUCUCUCAUGUUGUUGUUCACAUAAAUUGCAUGAUGUGAAUUAAAAACAGUAGAAUUUGA